AUGCUCGAGCAUGUUGCAAGCAGGGACGAUGUGGAUUCAUCCGCAUCCAAAGGUCUCACGUUUGGUUUUGGGAGCACCCAAGAGAUAUGCCAGGCCCAAGCUCGGCCUGAUGACUGGCUCUCCUCGAUGCAGCUGGCCACCUUGAUCAGCAGUCGCAUCGUAUUCCCCAGCUACAGCGCAGCCGUGCUCCUCCUCGACAGCUACGAGCGCAGCGUGGACUAUGUCUGCCACGUGCUGCACCUGCCCAGCACCCGGGCCAUGAUGCGAACGGCCUAUCUCCGACUGGGGCGGCAGGAGACCAUUGCGCCGGGCCAGGCUGCCGUGCUGCUCGCCGUCUUUGCCUUUAGCGUCUACUUUUACGAGGCGGCGCCGGCCUCCGAGGUUGCGACGGGCGAGCGCGACGCCCUGGCUCUCUGCAGGCACUGGAGUAAAGGGGCCAUGGACAUUUUGGACUACUCGCAGCGCCACUCGACGGGCUCCCUCGAGGACGUUCAGGCCUGUGUCAUCAUGUCGUAUGUGACGUACUACCUCGAGGGCAUGUCCAAGAAGGGUCGGAUGCUCAUGGCUAGUGCCGUAGCCAUUGCGCGAGAUUUGCGCCUGAACCGCUUGGACGCCGAGGACGAUGUAGUCCACAAGGACGACGAGCGUACGGCGCAAGCGGUGAUAUGUCAAGAGGUGAAGAGAAGAAUCUUCUGGCACUUGGUGGCUACAGACUGGCUACAAUCCACAGUCUCCGGCCCACAAGAAGGGAUGUACUUUAUACACCCCCAUCAUAUCCACGUCAAAUUACCCAAGAACUGCGAUCAUGAGUUUCUGGCCUUUGACGAGAUCGGAACGACAGGAUCUGAGUCGCGGCCAACCAGCAUGACAUUUUUCCUAGCCAAGCUGCGGCUAGCCCACAUCUGCCGAGAGAUCACCGACACUAUACCGCUCGAGACGGCAAAGCUCAUGCGCACGCCCUAUGAGAACAUCAUUGCGGUGGACCAGAAACUAAAGGCGUUCCUAUCGGACCUGCCCUUCUUUCUCCAGCUCAACCCCGAAAGUCGCACGCGGAGCCGCAGCCUCGAGACCGUUUACGACAAGGUGCCACUGAUGCGGUUCCUGCUACUCACUACGGCGCACAGCCGCCGAUGCCGACUACACCAAAAGUUUCUCCUCCGGCUGUCGUCGGACGCCCGGUACACCUACUCACGACGAGCGUGUCUCGAGUCUGCGCGCGCCAUCAUCAGGGCCUUUGAUGACUCGGCGCGGCGAAGCGACUCUCCGUCUAUUCCAACGGCCAUAGCGCGCAUGGCCUCGGCCGUCCACUACACCCACCUAGCCCUGACAGUCAUGGUCAUGGAUCUGUGUUUCAACAAAGGUGAGGACGAUAUGGAGGAGCGCAAACAAGAAGUUAGAGCUGCUAUGAAGAUGCUCGAGGGGGUAAGAGAGGCCUCUCCGCUGACCGAUCGGUCUCUGCAUUCUCUGCGCCAGAUACUGCACAAGAGCAAUAUUGAGCUUGGAGGUCCAAUCAUGGCGCCGAUUGAUAAUGUUUCGAACACCGUACAAAUCUCUCAGCCAGGAGCAGAGACUGUGCUGUCCAAUGAUGGCAGCCCCCAGCUUCCUCCUGGGCUGACUGUGGGUGACUGGAAUGAAGCCUUCACCUCUCUGAGCAACUCCUGGACUUUAACCGAUCAAGAAUUGAGCCUUGGCUCUGCUACGUGGGACGACAUAUUCUCAGCACUCAACUCUCGGCCUUUCUAG